CAUUUAGGUCGCGAGCGUAAAUGGCAUCGACGUUCGCUCCUUCUUCGCCGCCAUCCAUGCCGUUCCCUGCUGCGCUACCGUCCAUUUCUAGCGAUGAUCCAACAAGAGAUAAGCCUAGGCUGCAUGUUUCUCCAACUCUACUCCAUCGCAAGCGAGUAGCACGUCGGAAAGCGCCAAAACACGCGGGCGUCUCCAGCAGCUCCGUUAAGCGGAGAAAAUCAUCUCCUGGGCCUCCUAUCCACGCCACAAGCCCUCAAGCCGUUGCAAAAGAUGUCUAUCCAUCUCUAACUACAGAUGCAACAGCGACAAAGCUGUCACCGACGCGGAACGGCCGACCCAAGCCAAAUCUUCAGAUCGCGACGGAUUUCUCGGCGAACUACUCGCCCACGAGUUUCUCGCCCGUAGCGCCGCUCGCCAGGAGUUCGCCAUACCCUGCAACAGCCAGAGCAACAGAUACAGAGCCCAAAUUGAGCCAGGCACCGUCUCCAAGGGCCAUGGUAGCUGGUGUUCCAGCGAUGCCGCCGGCGCCUCAUCCGUUCCGACUAUCGGACUUUUUCUACAAAGAGAUCUUUGGCGUCCACGAUAUUAAACAGAGCGACGGAGUUCACCAGGAACGUGUGCAAAACUUCUUCGUGGUGCCGUUAAAUACGGAGCAAUUAUUCCUUUUCGGAGUGCUGUUAGCACUAGAUAGCUUUCUCUACGUGUUCACGUAUUUGCCUUUGAGAAUUCUAUUCGCGUGUGGAUGCGCUGUAACGUCGAGUUUCCAUGCAAGAGUGUUCCGAAGAACGCACUUCUACGACUUAAUGGUAGCAGUCAUCAUAGCAGUGGGCACAACGGUGUUGGGUUACGUGGACAUGUCGAGAGUCUACCAUGCCAUUCGAGGCCAGGCGAUGAUCAAGCUCUACGUGCUGUUUACGAUGAUCGAAAUCUUCGAUCGGCUAUUCUCUUCGCUUGGACAAGAUGUACUGGACUCGCUGUAUUAUACUGCGAAGUACCACCCACGCCGAGUCACGCGCAUGUUCCUGGACUUCGCGGUGGCGAUCAUCUACGUCGUGCUGCACUCACUUCUGCUGUUCGCGCAAGUAGUCACUUUGAAUGUCGCCGUCAAUUCGAGUAACACUUCGCUGCUCACGCUGCUGAUUUCCAACAACUUCGCGGAGCUCAAAAGCUCAGUUUUCAAGAAAUUCGAGGAGCAGAAUCUCUUCCAGAUCAGCUGCAGCGAUAUCGUCGAGCGCUUUAAGCUUCUGACCAUUAUCGGACUUAUCCUGCUACAGUCGUCAACGGGAGAUGUUGCCUGGGGAACGGCAAUGGUUUGGGUGGCCGAGAUGCUGAUUGACUGGCUUAAGCACGCCUUCAUCACAAAGUUCAACCAGCUUCCACCGACGAUGUACUCCAAGUUCAUCACCAUUCUUUGCCGCGAUCUGACAGGCUGGAAGAGCGAGGAUACGAUUCUGGAUCACACCCACCACGUGUCCAAGCGCUUGGGGUUGAUGUCGUUGCCCCUAGCUUGUGUCGUGUUGCGAAUGGUGUCGAAGGCGUUGGUAGAAGCUCCAAUUGAGUUCGCAUCACCUGGAGGGGUACUGGUUACGGUGGCUUUCUUCCUCUGUUUGGCAGCAUUCAAGGCGCUGUUGAGCUUGGUAUUGAUGAUCUACGCCUGCAAGUCCGGUAGAUUGGACGAUACUCGCCCCAAGAGCCCACGCUCCGUCAGCCACCUAGAGUCCAUCCACCGCUACAAGUAUUGAUGGCAAAACUACACGCCCAUAGACGCUUGCAUGUUCCUUCAAAAGCUUCUUCGUUCAUUGUUAUGGUC